CUUUAAGUAGAUACACGACGUAAAGUGUGUACAUAUUAGUUACUAUUAUUUGUGGUAAAGGGCACACCAAAUGACGAAUCCGCAUAUAAUACGAAAAUAAACUAUUUUAAUAUCAAUAGAGGAAAAAAUUGUAAAAACCAGACGCAGAGAUGUUUGUCAGUAAAGUUGUGUUCUGUAUAGUGCUCGUGGAAAUAAUAAAUGGACAAAAUAUUGGAACAAGAAAACCGAACGUCACCGCAACUUUAAGAGCGCUACAUCCAAGAGGAUUACGCGUUUAUAUAACUGGGGAUGUGGACACAAACGUUGUAAUUUUUAAUGGGAAGCUGUAUGGAUUAAUGGAAAAUGGGAUAAAGCAAGUAUGGGGAACUGCGAUAAAGCAAGCUAGUGGUGGAUGGUUAUUUGAAGAUCCAAAUUUGACUUUGAAUGUAGGAAGUAUGAUAAGCUAUCGGAUAUUUUUACCGGAUCAGUUUACUCAAUUUUUAAAGGAAAACGAUAAAAAUUCUUAUAAAUUGAAGGGAUUUGAAACGGAUAUUUUGACCUUUCAAGUGUCAGUUCUGGAAGACCCUUCGGCACCUGAACCGAAUUGUGUACCAACUAGGACCAGGGUUCGAGGUAGACAAUACGUAUGUGGCGGUGAGGUCAUUUUUGAAGACAAUUUUGACACGUUGCGAGAAGAUUUAUGGCAGGUCGAGCAGUAUAUACCUGUCGAUCACCCUGAUCACCCAUUCGUAUCGUUUCAAAGGCUAACCUCAGAUCCAAAUGUGUUCGUGGAAAACGGGACUUUGCACAUUGUUCCCAAACUACAGGAGAACUUACUAAGAGGACAGGAAUCCAUUUUAUCCGGGAAUCUAGAUCUAAGUGAUGGUUGUACAAGAAAAAUGUGCUCAAAAAAAGCUUUUGGACCGGAUAUUCUACCGCCGAUUGUGAGCGGACGCUUGACCAGCUAUCUCUUUUCCUUCAAAUAUGGGAUCGUUUAUGUGAGGGCCAAGGUACCAAAAGGAGAUUGGUUGUAUCCAGAAAUUCUUCUUGAGCCACUGUUAACAAAAUACGGUGGUACAUUCGGCGGUAAAUUUUCUUUGCCUGAAAUUUUAAAAAUUGCGUUAGCUGAUGGAAAUCGAGUGAAUAACGAGGACUACGCCCUGGUGUACCAGAUAUUUAACAGAUCGAAGUUAGGGCUUGGAAAUUGCGGUGCCACUAAGACGGAGUCGACCACUCGAUUCAAUCAUGACUUUUGGGGUGACGAUUUUCACGAGUUUGCACUCCGAUGGACGCCAGACGAAAUAAUGCUUACUGUGGAUGGGGAUAAAUACUUCUACUGGGAACGUCCAUCCCUUUGCGAAGACAUCACGUCUGCUUUCGACUACCUCCAUCUAACUUUGGGCGUGGCUGUCGGGGGUGCUGGCGAGUUCCCUGAUAACUCGAGCACUGACAACGGCAAGCCCAAGCCUUGGCGUAACGGUGACCCUAAGGCGAGUCUCCGGUUUUGGGAGGAACGACACUCCUGGUUACCAACAUGGACGCAGCCAAGCUUGAUCGUUGACUAUAUUAAAGUUGUUGCUUUAUAAAGCUAUCGCAAUUUAAAAGAUCGGUCAAGUGCGAGCUGGAUUCGCAUACGAAGGACAAACCGACACGUUUUCGAUUUAUAAUGCGGGUAGUUAUGCCUACUCUGUAUGAUACUGAUUCAGGCCAGGUUUAAAUAAAGCAACAAAGAAAACAUUAAGUAACUUGUAUUUUAUUUACACUUAUCUAGAAAUUAUUGCUAGAUAUUAAGCCGGUCCAUG